ACAGAAUCAUGGAAUGGUUUGGGUUAGAAGGGACCUUUAAAGCUCAUUUAGUCCAACCCUCCUGUCAUGGUCAGGGACAUCUUCAAUCUUGUUCAACCUGACCUCAAAUGUUUCCAGGGAUGAGGCAUUCACUUCUGGCAAAGCUGUUCCAGCUUCUCUCAUGAGGCCUCAAAGGGCAGUUUCAUCCCCUUUCCAAAGGCAUUUCAGAAGGUGGCCAGGAACCAAACCACUUAUCUGCCCACAUUAGUGCUGAUCAGGACUCCAGAUAAUUUCAGAGCUCCUGCCUUGGGGUCUGGAACCACAGCCAGAUGACAAAGAACCACCUCCCUGUCCAGGGAGAAUUGCUGCUUCCCCUGGCAUUGGAUCAGGGGUGCAGAGGAGAAGCUGCCAGGCUCACCCAGCCCUUGGGCACUUGCUGCUCCCUCACAUGGGUCAAGGAACACCAUGAGAACAUCAACACAAGAGGCCUGGAUGACUGGAGCUCUGUGACAGAUUGUAGGGUGCAACGGAGGAAUUUAGAAACGCUGCCAAGGCACGUGGAGAUGGUGUCAGAAAAGCCACUGAACCCACAGUUCAUGUUUGUAGAAGAUUUUAAGGGCUCAGAGAAGUGCUGCUUCCCUCACACCUAUGAACUGGGGUCAUGGCAAGGCUGCUGUCCAGCUGUGGGCAUUGAAGGAGGUCCUCAGCCACUGAUGAAAGAUAAAUGUUUCAGCUGCUUCAAAAAGAGGCCAAAAGUUCUACCCAGGGACACACAAACAGCUCAGCUUCCCUUCAGUUUGUGGGGAAAUGAUUAAAUGAGUCCUCCCAGUACAGAUUUCUGCAUGAAGGAAAUGGUGGUGAUUUGGAAUAGUCUGUGGGAAAGGACGUGGAUGUCUUGGCAGUCAGCAGGUGAUGUGUCCUGGCAGCAAAGGCAGCUGGCAGCAUCCAAAAGAAGCAUGGCCUGUGAAUUGAGGAGAAAUGCUGAGGGGAAUUAUUCACCCCCUUGGCUCUGUGGGGUUUAGAUCUCACAGGGUCACAUCCCCAUGAUCUGUGCAGGGGAAAUGUCACACACAUUUCUGGUACCCUGGCAGAAGGAAAAGAGAAAGGUCAGGAGUUAGAAGGGGCUGGCUAUGAGCAGCCAGGGCUGUUUGUCCUUGUUCCCCAGGUCAGUGAAGUCUGUCCUGUGUGCUCAUGAAGCUUUACUUCCAGCUACUGUCCCAGUUUUACUCAGAGAGUGCCACUUUACUAAAGGCACACACAUGGUUAAAAGUUGAAUCAGCACAGCAAUAUUUGACUGCAGCCGUGGGAGGAGCUGUUUCCCCGUUUCCCCGUUUCCCAUUUCCCCGUUUCCCAUUUCCCCGUUUCCCAUUUCCCCGUUCCCGAUGCCGCGGUCCCCCCGGCAUCGCUGCCCCGGCCUCAGCAGCAUCCCCGCACCCCAAAUCCCCUUCUUUGGCCCUAAAACAUGGACAGCGCCUUCGUGGAAGCGGUGGCCGCAUCUCUGGUGAGAGAGUUUCUCAGUAGAAAGGGUUUGAAGAAAACCAUCAGCACCAUGGACCGGGAGUUUCCCCGCUCUGCACUCAGCAUCAACAACAGGAAUGAGCUCAGGAAUGUCCUGCACCUGCACUCCCUGUACAAGCAGAACAAGGCAAAGGAGAACCCACUGAAAACGCUGCUGGAAAUUAUUACUAAUUACUUCCUGGAGCACCGUGGCACUUCCAGGAGCUCUGGUUCCAGCUCUGCUCUGGCAGCUCCUCAGAGUAAGAGCUCAGCAUCCCACCCACCCGACCUCCUGGAUGAGGAGCAUGGCAAUGCCAGUGCCCUGGAUGACAGCAAAACUCAGGCCUCCAGGUAUGAUGCUGAGAAUCCCCUGGAUAAAAUCCCUCCACCCAGAAAACAUCAGCACAGAAGUGAAAAAAGCCACACAGGGACAACCCACGGCAGUAACCUGCCCUGUGCUUGGGACAAGAAGUUACAAGACAGUCGAGAGGAUUUAAAAGCAGCUGUGAUUUCUGAGGAGCUGAAAUCCACAGGGAAGGAGAAGUCCAGGCUCAGGGCAGGUCUCAUUGCCAGAGGAAUGAUGGCUGGACCAGUGGCAAAUCCACCAGAGGAUCCCCAAAAAAGAAGGCUUUCCAAAAGAUCCACGAGCAUCAGCAGCACAGCUCAGCCCAGGGGUGAGGAGCAUGAAGAGCAGGACCUGAGUGUGCCAAGCCCUGAUUUGCAGGAAAGCAAAGCAUCUCCCACAAAAUCCCACCUGGAAUUUGCAUCAAGGACUGUGCUAAGCUCACACACCAGUUCUGCCUCUGAAAAACCAAGGAACAGCCCCAAAGAUCCAGAGGACUUUUUAUCCAAGCUGCUGUCUGAGAAAGAAAGGGCCAAGACAGAAGAAAGGAAAUCUCUUCCAAGCUCUGGUGCAGACAGCAGUGAAAAAAGCCUUAAAGUGAGUGCUCCUCACAGACAUUCAGGGGCUGGGAGAGAAAAGAAGGAAAGAUCCCUCAGGAAAACUGAGAGUCGGUUGUCAGGCCACAGGAAGUCUCCAACAUUCACUGGCUGUAAAGAAGACCAGAUGAAAGAAGUCUUAGAUUUGGUUGAUGUUGAGGAUGAAGAGACAACUGGAGAAGUCAAUAAAACCUCAGAUCUUUCAACACUGUAUAUGCUUCAAAUAGUAUCAAAGGCAAUUGAUAUUUCUCUUGCAAAAGAAUUAAAAAAUCUUCUGUUUGGCUCCAGUCUUUGUUGCUUCAGUGAAGAAUGGAAAAUCCAGAGUUUUACAUUUAACAAUAUCCCACAGCUAAAAUAUGGCAUUGUGCAGAAAAAGGGUGGCCCAUGUGGGGUUCUGGCUGCUGUCCAAGCCUGUGUCCUGCAGCAGCUGAUCUUUGCAGACAUCAACAGGAACAAAGACACCCGUUGUCUCCAGCCCUCAGAAGCUCACAGGACCAAGUGCCUCUCCCUGGCUCUCGCUGACAUUCUGUGGCGUGCGGGGGGCCACGAGAAAGCCCUGGUGGCACUGCCAUCAGGAAGACAGCAGUUCACUCCCACAGGGAAAUACAAGGCAGAUGGAAUCCUAGAAACUCUAAUACUUCACAGUGCUACAAGAUACGAGGACUUGAUUGUAUUUCUGCAGCAGAAUAUUCACCAGUUUGAAAUUGGUCCCUAUGGCUGCAUCCUCCUGACUGUGUCUGUCAUCUUAUCCAGAUCCAUCAACCUGGUGCGCAAUGACUUCGACGUGCUCACGAAUCGCCUGAUCGGCAGCCAUGGCUACUGCACCCAGGAAUUGGUGAACUUGCUUUUGACUGGCAAAGCUGUGUCCAAUGUUUUCAACAAUGUGAUCGAGCUGGACUCUGGGAAUGGCAAUAUCACCAUUUUGAAAGGCAUCACGAGUCGCAGUGACAUUGGUUUGCUGUCCCUGUUUGAGCAUUAUGAUGUCUGUCAGGUUGGUUGUUACUUGAAGACCCCCAAGUACCCAAUUUGGCUGGUCUGCAGUGAAAGCCACUUCAGUGUGCUUUUCUGUUUGGAGAAGGAUUUGCUCAGCGACUGGAAGACGGGAAGGAGGUUUGAUCUCUAUUACUACGAUGGCCUGGCCAACCAGGAUGAAGAGAUUCGCUUGACAGUGGACACAACUCAGGUGUGCCCUGAAAAUAAAGAAAAUGAUCUUACUCCUCCACUUGAGCACUGUAUUAGGACAAAGUGGCAAGGAGCUGUCAUCGACUGGAAUGGCACAGAACCCAUCUUGUGACUGAUCUGACCUGCACUUUAUUUGGGAAGACCAAAAGGAAAUGACUGAAUGAGCACAUUCCUAUUCCCACCAAUACAGGAAAUAGGGCAGUUUGACAUGAGGAAGAAUGACAAGGUUUUCAGGCUGGCAGAGUUUCACCUCAGUCACCUCGUGCUUCAGAUAUUUUGCUUUUAAUAUAAACAACACUGACGUAAAUUCCUUGUCACUGCCCUCAGCAUAAAGCUCCUGAGGGCAGGCUGGGUUCCCACCACCAAAUCAAGGUUGCAGAUGAAGCUCUGAAGUCAUCAACGUCCCCUUGAGGUCUCCUGCUGGAUCCACUCUGCAUCCUGCAAUUGUUUGGAAGCAUUUGAUGGGAGAUGCUGAACCCAGAUUUCUCUCACUUUACAGCCUUCUCUGUCCUGCCUUGUUCUUCCUUGAAAAAAGGAUAAAACAUCAUCCAAGGAACGUAUAUUCACCUAGUUACCUGGUAUUAGCAAGCCUAAAUAGCUUGGUGACCAUCUGGGCUUUUUUGGGAAAGCCUGGCCUAUACCAAGUUCUUGUUGUGUCAUCAAUUUGCAGUAAGGAUUGUGGUUGUGUGUCACCAAAAUAAUCCCAUUGAUAGUUCCUAGGUGCAGCUGGUGUGUAACAGUGCCUCGUGCUGAUAUAGCUCAUUUUUCUUUCUGGUGAGAGGCAGCUGUAUCAGCAUCUUCACAUUGAUGCCCUUAUUUCUACACGAGGGUUUAUUCACACGCAGGUGACAGAUCAGAUCUGGGAUUUGCUUCUCCAUAACUACAAGAAAACAGAAGAGGUGUUAGUUUUGAAAUUCCAAUGGUGCCUAUCUGUGAUAGGUGCCGUGGUUCAAUAAAAUGCAUGUGCUGGAAUGAGGUACUGUGGAGAGGGAUACUGAGGUACUGAAGCCACAGUUUGAUUAAUUCUGCUUUAGCAACACUUUAUUACCAAAAUUGGGGCAAGUUACUGUACAGAAGGUUGGAAAAAAAAUGCCUCAGGGAAAAAGGCAGAUAAAUGGUGUUUCUAGAGGUGUUCCUCUCUUCAGAGUGAGUAUUUCAUGAGAAUUCAAUAAAGGACUUUUACUUCCUGA